AUUAGAUUAAUUACAUUAUAGUCUAUAUGAAUCAUGCGUGUUUAAUUGUUCGUUCAUUUAAUUUAAAGUUUAUAAUUUAUAACGUAUGAUUAUAUAACUGUAAUUUAUGGUUAUAUCUUAAUUUUAUCUUAAUCUGUACUUAAGUUAUAACUUCUGCUACGGUCUUAUUGAUGUCUAUGACCCAGUAAUGUUUCAUGAGAGAUUUACUUAAAGCCCUUUAACUGGCACGAGUUUAAAACAUGCAGCAGCAAAUAUGGAGAUGAAUCGUGGAAGUACCUCCAGGCUGUGAUUUAUGUCUCUUCUCUUUAAAGUCUCAUCUUCCAAACAGGUCCAGCGACCAUGAGGGUGACAGGGUCUGUAUGUUUAAUCCCUUCUAACUACGUACAGCAUCUUUUCUUAUAGAGUUCGCUAUCAGCACUGACUUGUCUUAUUUUUUAGAUAAAGUCGGUGUUGGUACUGCAUUUUCUCGCAGACAGCUCAUAAAAAACUCUCUCUGGUCAUAUCGGAUCAGACACAGGCUGAAAGCCCCCUCUCUGUUAUAUCUAAUUAAACUAUGUAUUUUAUGGUUUCAUAACUACAGGACAACCUCACAGUGGUGGCCACUUAACGACCCCAUGGAUUCUGCAGUAUCUGAAUCUAUUUUUCUAAAUUCUUUAGUUUUACAUUUAAGGGGGAGGGGUAAGAUCGUUUCCUGCCAGACGGGUAAAGUCUGCAGUGGCACCAGUGUUGGGCUGGAACUUGUUCACCUUGACCUUGACCUCCAGCCGAGAGUGCUACACUUACUCCUAGACACCACAGUGUUUACAGGAGGAUACUCUUAAUCCUUGAGCUCCAUCACAGUCUUGUUAGAUCCAUUGUUCUCGCUCUGAUAAUUGGUAUUCGUUAGAUAAAAGCUAUUACAAAUGCAGUCGUGUUUUAGAUAAAAUAGAGCUUCCCUCUGCUUUAAAAGAAACGCCUCAUCGACUUUAGACUAACCAAUUGCAUACGUAUAACACGGUCUCACAAUGGUUCAAAAUGCCAAUUGGAAUUUAUACCCUAUAGAUUAUACGUUCUUAUAUUUUUUCAGCGUGUAAUGAAAUGAUCUGCGUUGAAGACAUCUAAUAAUGAUUAACAAAAAAACAUUCCACAUAAAAUUCAAAUUCUGUUGGACAUUUUAAGACAGCGUCUAACCAAAAUUCAGCAAUUUAAAAUAACAAAUCUCGUUGCUACAAAAUGUUAUUUAGGUAAAGCCAUAGAAGCACCGUUUUUGUUAACAUCAAGAACCAUUUUUUGUAAAAAAAAAAAAAAAAGAUGCGUCUGUAAAGAGCAUUUUGAAGGUUUAAAUAGAUUAAAGGGUCUUGCAGCUAUUUUGCAAAUAUAUUUAUUUAUUGAAACAAAUCGGGUUCUUUUAUGGCGUUUGUAUCAGCUUCAUGUUAGAGUAAACGUCUGAUUUGAGCAGCAUUAGGGCACCUCAUUAGCUCUCCAAUGAUCAUUAUUAAACCCUUUCAGCUAAUAAUUGGCUGUGCUUUGAUCUGUUUUGAUCAUUUAAUUAUAACGUGUUGGUUCUGAUUUUUCUUUAUCAAUACGCCACUUUACUUUGUCUAGCCCUCUUUUGCAUAUCACGUGCCUCCGCUCCGUCCAAUCACGGCCCAUGCGCGGGCAUCGUUUUCUCUCCCACAUUCCCUCACUCUUUCUGUUUUUUCCUUUUCCCCGGUGGCGGGGCAUUUUCUUGGAGAGCUGGGGGAAAACAGGGGGCUCGCCACUGCGCGUGCUAUGACAGCGUCCGUGCUCCUUCCCUCGCGCUGGACUGAGCCAGUCAUGUUUCUGUACGACGGCGGCUCGGAGGACGUGAGUGCGGGUAUGGAGGGUUUUGGGCCAGGAUCAGCAGGAGCAGGGGCAGGGGCAGGAGGCGGUGGAGGAGCAGGAGGAGCACACUUCGGUUAUGUGCCCAGCGAGGCACCUUCAUCCGCCGUGGCAGAAACGGCCAAGCCUCCGUGCCCCCCUCCGCAGUCAGCGCUGCCCUACGGCUACUUUGGCGGCGGAUACUACCCGUGCAGAAUGGCCAAGCAGUGUGCGCAAUCCGCUGCUUUUGCUGCGGAUGCGUCCGUCUCCGCAGAUGGAGAGUUUUCCUCCAGGGCAAAGGAGCUUGCUUUCUACCCGAGCUACUCCGCCGGACCCUAUCAGCACGUGUCAGGGUAUCUGGACGUGCCUGUGGUGUCCACUGAGCCCAGACAUGAGCCCAUCUUACCUGUGGAGAGCUACCAGCCCUGGGCCAUCACUAACAGCUGGAACAGCCCUGUUUACUGUGCCAAGGAGCAAAGCCAGCCUGGUCAUCUGUGGAAGACCAGUCUCCAAGACAGCGUAUCGGCGGCAGAAGCCUCUUCGGUGCGCCGCGGCAGGAAAAAGCGCGUGCCCUACACCAAGGUGCAGCUAAAGGAGCUCGAGAGGGAAUACGCAGCAAACAAGUUCAUCACCAAAGACAAGAGGAGACGGAUAUCAGCUCACACCAACCUCACCGAGCGCCAAGUUACCAUCUGGUUUCAGAACAGGCGCGUGAAGGAAAAGAAAGUGGUCAACAAAUUCAAGAGCAUCACUUAAACGCGCUCGAGUACGGACCCAGUGAAGACAUGUACAAAUGGAAGGACCCGCAUGGUUAUUUAUUAUCACCCACCUGGAGUGACUACAAGAUGUAGCCUGAAAUCUCCUUGGAGAGGAAAAAAAACUUGAUACUUAACAUUGUAAGUAACAGUAUCACACGGAACCCAAAAAAAGGGUGACCAAGACUUAUUCGUAUGCCUGAAAUUUGCCCGAAAUCCACAAUUGUGUUUCAUUUCUUUAUGUUUGUUUAUUCGUCUUGUUCGUGGCGCCAGUGCAUAGCAUUACAAUAAUUCACAGUGAAACACAGUACUUGCUAUUUAAAUGUAACUGAAAGUGAGACAAAGUCUGUCUUUAAAAUUAGAGAAAGUAAAAAAAAUGUUGGUUUUUAUGCCCUCGAAAACGGCGAGGUUAC